GAGUUCAUAUAUCCUAAACAUAGUAUACUUGAUCGAAUUUAAAUCCCAGCAGACUCGUUUAUGUUGACGGGUCAGCUGAGGCCGUGAGCUAAACACUUGUAUAUACCUGGUAGUUAUUCAACCACACAUGAGUUUAUAAUUAUUUCAUUGGUCAAUUUAGAAUAGUGGCCAGGUUUCGGUUGGUUAGGACGGUUAGCACCAGAAACGAAGGUCAGAUUCGUACGAAUCACAACAAGAACCUUAUAGGAAAAACGUAUUUUUUAUGGAAAAAUCAAAACUUGGUUACUAUAAUAAAUUGACCGUUUCAUUAUUAAAUUGUAUGACAAUUAAAAGUAAGGUGAAUAUUUAGUAUCACACCGGUCUUUAUUUCCAUAUUAACAAUAUGUAUCUUAUAAUGUUUAUAUAAUUCUGACAUUUUUCUUAUAUGAUAUUUCCACUGGAAAUUAAGGAUAACCGAUAUAUUAGUUUUUAAAGAUUAUUACUUUUGCUCAGUCACAAGUAUCGUUAUAAUUUGUUUACUUAUGGCAAAGGUGGUCUGACUCCCUGCUCACACAUCGCUCCAGGCCUCUGUCUUCACUCUUAAAGCGUCUGGGGCAUGAUCAACGGGUUAGGUUAGUGAUGGUCUAUGAUGGGUCGAGGGAGGCGUCUGGCCCUUGGCAUCUUUGUCCUGCUGGUGGUCGACGUCAUUUGGGUGGCUUCAUCAGAAUUGUCGGAGUAUAUCUUCAAUGAUACCGGCUUCAAUAAACCUUUUUUCAGUACAUACUUAAAGACCAGUAUGUUUUCACUAUAUUUGCUGGGAUUUAUAUUUUGGAGCCCCUGGAGACACCAAUGUGCCCAUAGAAACCACGAUGAGAGUAUUUACCAGGAAGUGGAUUCAAUGGAGGAUGAAGAUUUACCGCUGUCAGAUGACAGACGUUUGCUCUUGCAGACGAGAGACAGGCGCACCCCUCCACCUGUGCCCAUCUUCACUUUGGACCAGCUGGCAUCUAGUGUUGCGAGAGACAGUGAUGCGAAUGCUCAACUAACACAUUUGGUCCUGUGGCACUAUUUACCCAUUCAACAAGCUAGAACGAUUUAUAACAACAAUGAUGAAAAGGUGUCUCUAAAUUAUUUUUGCCAGUCAUAUGUACAGAAGUUGUUAGCAUUCAAAGAUAUGAAGUUAAGAAUGCAUUAUAGGAAGAAAAUUUUGUUGAAGAAUUGGAAAAUAAAUUGGCAUUCAACUCAAAAAUUAAAACAAAUAUUUAUUGGGGUUUAUGAUGAUAGAAAUAUGAAAAAUGAGGGAGUGAAUUUAGAACUUAAAUGAGAAUAAAUUGUGUGUGAAAUGUAAAAUCUACUUUUGGGGGAGGAUUAGUAGUUGUGUGUGUGAUCUGUUGUAUCAGGUCAUUAGGGUAAAGUACAAUGAUGAAAUUUUUAAUAAAAUUUUUAGUUAUAGAUUUUGUUGAAAAUAAUAAUGUGUGAAAGAAAUUCACCAUUGUUGUAAUGUUCUGUGAGAGAGAAGUUGUACUGAAGAUAGAAUUAUAUAUGUUGAAUGUGUGUUUAACAGUUUUGAUAAUAAGAAAGUAUAAGUUAAAGGUAUAUUACUGUAAGGAAUGACAUUUUUAGGAUAUUUAAUGAAGGGGAAAUUCGGAACUGAAAAGGUCCGCUCCAGUCUAUUAUAUUGUUAUGUGUACUUUACAUAAAAUGGAUAAAAAC